AUGCGUAGAAUACUACCGUCGAAAAAGAGUAAAAAGAGACCUGGUGACCUUAAGAUCCCUAUUCCUCUUGUGGGAGGUGUAUACAACGCAAAUCUCACUGAUAAUCAAAUCGAUCAACUACUCACAGGCCGUCGCCAUGAUAAUUCAUUGUCAACAGCAACAAACGAUCAUCAUCAUAAAAAAGCGUCCUCUAUCGCUGAGGAAAGAUCAAAUGCUUAUGAGGAGAAACCACCACCACGACCUAUCAGCUCACCACCUAUUCUUGCUAUGCCUAAUCCACGUCGACCCUUUGCUCCAAAAGAUUCUGUUCUUCAAUGCCCGGAAUAUGAUAAGACGCAAAUUGAAAAUAGCACUAUCACCACCAACACCACAACACCACCACCACUCUCUGCAGAGAGCAACAACAGCGACCAGCAGAGUGUGCUUGUAUUAUUACCACAAAAUUGGAAAGAGAUUCCUAACCACAUUCAACGAGAGCAAAUCAUGGCUGCACCAGAAAGACCAAUGUUGAUGGAUGAUUCUGAACAGUGGGCAGAAAGCAGUGAAGAUUCAAAUUUGCAAUAUACUUCAGCGCCCCAAUCACCCCUUGUUUCAGAUGAUGAUCCUUCAUCCACUGCCCUGUCAUUCAACCAUCAAUACAAACAUCACCAUUUAUCAUCUGACAGUUCCACACCAAGAGCACAUCGCCAUCAACGUGCUGCUAACAAUAUCCGUCAACCACCUCCAAUCAUCCAACCAACAAUGGCACCUUCACAAAGACCACCUGCUGCUGCACCAGAACACAAUGUUAUCAGCCUUGAGGCGUUGAAACGACAAGUAGAUAUGAUUCAACAACAGCGAGAACUAGAAAGACGUGAAUGGGAAAGGAGAGAAAUGGAACAUCGGCAACGUGAACAAGUGAUGCUUGAUAAGAUCAUGGAUACUCAACGACAACUUGAAAGAGCCUUGGCAGCAAGCAGCAAUAGUAGCAAUAGCAGCUCAUCCAAUCGGCGGCGUAAUAUCACAAUACGCCCCUUACCGCGUGAUCAUGACGAUGAUGAUGAUGAUGAUAGUGAUUCAUCUAUUGCUGCAGCACCUGAACGAAUACGACGAUCGCAACGUCGACGAUCAGCUCCUGGAUCGCCUCAAUAUCAUUCAGCUGUUGAAGAAGACCAUCUUGAUCAAGAUGAUCCAAUGGCAUCAUUUCCAAGACGUCGUGCAGCAGCAGCAGCAGCAAGAAGAUCUUCCAUUCGUGAUGAUACAGCAGCAGCUUACAUGUCAUUACCAGGUCCACAUCACCAUCACCAUCAUCGUUUACGACGCCCUCAUCAUCAUCAUCCAUCUGCAACAACGACUACUAUUAUGCACCUACAUCCUCCUCCUCCUAUUCGUCCUCCUCCACAUGCAACACCAGCUGGUGGUCCACCUCCACCUCCUCCACCACCUUUACUUUAUGAUGAAUGGGCUGCUGCUGCUGCUGUUGGAUGGGGUGGUCCACCACCUCCACCACCACCUCAUUAUCCUAUAGCCCCACCUUUUUCAGAAAGUGCAUAUCAAGAUGAGCCUGCAUUGUAUCGUUCAUACAAUCGUCGUUCAUUAAGACAGCAACAGCAACAACAAGCACCAGGAUCAACACGUAUACAACAUCGACGACCAAGUGGCUAUCAUACCUUCGUUGAUGGUCCACCUUCCUUAGGAUAUUGA